AGGUGUAGUGGAGGUAUGGACUGUAACUGUGUUAGUGACCUGCUGCUCACGCCACCUGUCCCAGCCCUCUGGACACCAGGCAUCGCCUUCCCAGAGUGGGCCUAUAAGCCAGAGUCAAGCCCAGGCUCCAGGCAGAUCCAGCUGUGGCACUUCAUCCUGGAGCUGCUGCAGAAGGAGGAAUACCAGGGGGUGAUUGCCUGGCAGGGAGACUAUGGUGAAUUUGUGAUCAAAGACCCAGACGAGGUGGCAAGACUGUGGGGCAUUCGGAAGUGCAAACCUCACAUGAACUACGACAAGCUCAGUCGAGCACUUAGAUACUACUACAACAAACGCAUUUUGCACAAAACCAAAGGCAAGCGCUUCACCUACAAGUUCAACUUCAGCAAGGUGGUUCUGGUGAAUUACCCGCUGCUGGACAUGGCGAGCUCUCCAUUCCUGCUGGCCCAAAACCACUUCAAUGGAGGAGCAGCGACACCGGACUGCAGCCCUGUCACACCUGAGGCCCUUCAGACAUUAUUCCCCCGUUUGCCUGAAUCGGGUAGAGGACCGUCUCUGUUUGAGCGCAACGCAGGAGCCCCAGGACCUGAUGGAGACAAGCUGAGACUGGACACUUUCCCUUUCCUCAGCUCAGGAGCCCCUUGUUACUCUAAACCUCCAUCCCUACUGGGCCCUUACCCUCGGAGCCCUUCUUUUGACUACCCCUGGGGGUUCAACCCUUACCUCCCUGGGGCCUUUUCCCUCAACAACUGUCCCAAACUGCCUCCAGGCUCCCUCUACUCCUCACACUUCUACCCCAACCAGCUCCAGUCCAGCCUGUCCCAGUUACCACACCCCUUCUCCUCACUCCUGCCCCCCGGGGACGCCGCCGGGACAGAACGGGGAGGAACAAAUGGCUCCGCUGGUGGUCAGCCUCCAAGACUGUGCAUCCCACCAUAUCCCGGGAGCCUUUCAUUAGGCCGGACUGAAUUGGGGAACGGAGGAACGGGUGUAGGCGACCGGGAACGAGGGGAGGUCGGUGUUCCUGCUGGAGCUCUUGGUUUGGGGUUGGGUUUAGGAUUGGGGUUAGGUGGUGUAACCAUAGGAAGCGGAGGAGGCCAUCAGAGCCCCUCGGAGCGGAGAAAGGGUGUGAAGCAGGAUCCGGAGUCAGACUCUGAGCUGGAGAUCACAGAUCUAAGCGACUGCAGCUCGGAGAACGAGAACGAGCCGGACUUCUCUUUGGGGAAGGAGCCGGGGCUGGGUGCACGCUCACAUCUUCUGGAGGCCAAAUCAGGGGGUCUAGGGGGAGUCUUGCCCCCUCUGUCAUCUCUUCCUCCAGCCGUGUCUCCGCAUCCCCUCAAGAGCCUGGGACCCCUGACUCCGCCACCGUCCCUCUCUCCCUCGCUCAGUAUGGUGGAGCGGCACAGGGAAACAGACACUCUGAAAGUCGCUCACAGUUAAUAUGUUCUGUUGUGUGUGAUUUCUGUUGUCUUGCAGGUUCUCUCUUUCUCCUUUUUCUGUCUGUGGAUUCCUGCAUUUGUGGAAUAAUACUGUAUAUUUACCAUUUUUUUCCUGUCCAAUGUUUUAGUGUCCUCUCAAGCCACUCGUGCUGUUCGAGUAUUUUGCUUUCUUCAGUUUUUGGAAUCGCACAAUGCUGUCUUAGGGGCCAUUCACACUGAAUGUGUUUUGUAUCUGGAUAAUUGUCAGAAAGAGUAUAAAAUGUAAGAGUUUGAGAUGCGUUUUGAAAAAAUGAACUUUUAACCGGAGCUCCCUGUAUUUUAGGAGCCGUGUCAGGCUUAAGGUGCUCACUAGGAGGGAUUUACUAGGAGGCUUAAUGAAUAGAAAAGGACUUACAAUACUGCAAAAUGAUUAUUUAAAUAAGCUGCACUAUAAAAAUGUUGUGUUGUUUUAACCCAGCAUUAAGUCAAUGGAC